AUGGCCGGGGAAAGAAGUUUUGACGGAUACAAUCCGAAGAGGAGAAGAUUGGACUCGUCGCGGCCACCACACAGACUUCAGGAUGGGUCUCGUGUCUCGACACCUCGGGCUCAAUCUACCUACGGUGCUACCCCGUCAAGAGAAUCCGAAAACCAGGGGCCAGACGAAGAAGACAUUCUAGCACUUGAUCGAGAUUGGUACGGAGGUGACGAGUUGGGAGGCCAUGCCUUUGGAGAUGAUACACACAAUCCUUUUGCAUCUUACGAGAUCUCCGCCUGGGAGAGCCAACAACAGGAGUCUGCCAAGGCCGAAAAGAUGGCGAGUCGAUACGACGCAAGACAAGAACAACGUCGCAAAGAAAACGACGCAUGGGAGACAAACAGAAUGCUGGUCUCAGGUGUUGCUCAGCGAAGAGACAUGAUAUCAGACUUUGACGAUGACGAGGCGACCCGAGUACAUUUACUGGUUCACGACCUACGACCACCAUUUCUCGACGGCCGUACCAUCUUUACAAAACAACUCGAGCCCGUUCCCGCGGUCCGGGACUACCAGAGUGAUAUGGCUGUGUUCAGCAGGAAAGGGAGCAAGGUUGUGAGAGAGGCCCGCCAGCAGAGUGAGCGCCAGAAGCAGGCUCAACAAGCAACCUCGAUCGCUGGGACAGUACUUGGCAAUAUCAUGGGCGCCAAAGAUAACGACGAAGAUAGCGCGUUACCUGGACCCGGUGAAGACGGCGUCGAGAACGGUGAAUCCAAAGGCAACAAGUUCAGCCAGCACAUUAACAAAUCCAAAGGCGCCAGCGACUUUAGCAGAAGCAAAACGCUUCAAGAACAACGACAAUAUCUGCCGGCAUUUGCAGUUCGCGAAGACCUCUUACGAGUCAUUGGGGAGAAUCAAGUCACCAUUGUCAUUGGCGAGACGGGUUCGGGGAAAACGACUCAGCUAACCCAAUUUCUAUACGAGGAUGGAUAUGGGCGUACUGGCAUGAUCGGCUGUACGCAGCCUCGGCGUGUUGCUGCCAUGAGUGUAGCGAAGCGUGUUGCCGAAGAAAUGGAAGUUGAUCUGGGCACAACCUGUGGCUAUGCCAUUCGGUUUGAAGAUCACACCAGCAAGGAGACUGUUGUUAAGUACCUGACCGAAGGCAUCCUGCUCAGGGAAUCUCUUAACGAGCCUGAUUUGGAAAGGUACUCGUGUAUUAUCAUGGAUGAAGCGCACGAGCGCGCGUUGAACACUGACAUCCUACUAGGAUUGUUCAAGAAGAUUCUUCAACGGCGACGGGACCUCAAACUGAUUGUGACCUCGGCGACCAUGAAUGCGAAACGAUUCUCGGAUUUUUUCGGAGGGGCUCCGGAAUUCAUUAUACCUGGACGGACGUUCCCCGUUGAUGUCAUGUUUCAUCGAUCGCCAGUCGAGGAUUAUGUGGACCAGGCAGUCCAACAGGUACUAGCUAUUCAUGUUUCCAUGGACCCGGGCGACAUCCUGGUGUUUAUGACCGGACAGGAAGACAUUGAAAUCACCUGCGAACUGGUACAGAAGCGGUUGGAUGCGUUGAACGAUGCCCCAAAGCUGAGCAUUCUUCCUAUUUACAGUCAAAUGCCGGCAGAUCUCCAAGCAAAGAUCUUUGACCGGGCCCCGCCCGGGGUGCGGAAAUGUAUUGUGGCGACCAACAUUGCAGAGACGAGUUUGACAGUGGACGGUAUCAAAUACGUAGUCGAUGCGGGUUAUUCAAAAAUGAAGGUGUACAACCCCAAGAUGGGCAUGGAUACCCUUCAAAUCACGCCAAUCUCUCAAGCCAAUGCCUCGCAACGUUCCGGUCGUGCCGGCCGAACGGGGCCCGGAAAAGCCUUUCGCUUGUACACAGAAAAGGCUUUCAAGGACGAGCUAUACCUGCAAACGAUUCCGGAAGUCCAGCGUACCAAUCUUUCAAAUACAGUUCUCAUGCUCAAGUCGCUGGGUGUCAAGGACCUGCUGGACUUUGACUUCAUGGACCCGCCACCGCAGGACACCAUUUCCACGUCCAUGUUCGAUCUCUGGGCUCUGGGAGCGCUCGACAACCUCGGAGAGCUCACAGAACUGGGGCGCAAAAUGAGUGCCUUCCCCAUGGACCCAUCCCUAGCCAAGCUUCUCAUCACGGCAGAGCAGUAUGGCUGCAGCGAGGAAAUGAUUACGAUUGUGUCCAUGCUGUCGGUGCCCAAUGUGUUCUACCGACCAAAGGAGCGCCAAGACGAGGCAGACGCUCAACGAGAGAAGUUUUGGGUGCACGAAUCAGAUCAUCUGACAUAUCUCCAAGUGUACCAAGCGUGGAAGGCUCACGGAUUCUCCGACGGCUGGUGUAUCAAGCACUUCCUGCACUCGAAAUCACUGCGUCGCGCCAAGGAAGUGCGUGCGCAAAUCGUGGACAUCAUCAAGGCGCAGGGCAUGGAAGUCAACAGCUGCGGCAUGGACUGGGACAUUAUCCGAAAAUGCGUCUGCUCGGGUUACUACCACCAAGCGGCAAAAUACAAGGGCUCAGGAGAGUACAUCAAUCUGCGGACAAAUCUGGCCGUCCAGCUUCAUCCCACGAGCGCCCUCUACGCCGGGCACCCUCCCGACUACGUGGUGUACCACGAACUCAUCCUCACGUCGAAGGUGUACGUGUCUACUGUCACGGCGGUCGACCCUCACUGGCUCGCAGACCUAGGCGGCGUGUUCUACUCGGUCAAGGAGAAGGGCUACUCCAUCCGCAGCAAGCGCAUCACGGAAACUGAGUUCAAUCGUAAGAUGGAAAUCGAGGCGAAAAUGGCAGAGGACAAGCGCAGAGACGAAGAGCGCAAGCAAGCAGAGGAAGAGAGGGCGACGAGGAAGAAGGCGCCCCCCGACGCCAAAAAGAUCGUCACGCAGGGCGCAGUCAGGAAACCUGUCGUCAAGCGAAGGGGUAGAGGCUUUUAA